AUGCAGCCUCUUGAGAAUCCCAGAACGCUCUUUUGCUUUCCCUGGAUUUUUUGCGUUCCCUUGCCGGGCAUCGCGCUAUACAUUCUCACUGGCUUCAGUAUGUGGGUUCUGGCUCAAGUUCUUCUAGUCGCAUUUCUGAUCGUGGGCUUGCCGUUGUGCUGCUGUCGGGUCUACCUCUGGUUUUGGGGCUGCUGGCCCUUCUUUUGGCCGACCGACGUCUACGAGAAGAUUCUGUACCUCGCGCAUUUUAACUCAGUUAGGAGCCAUGUGCCACCAAAUGCAGGACCCGAAUUUAUGCCGGUUUCCGGCUUGAAGCCCCGAGGAGAACUGGCCAAGGGCCUUCUGGACUAUGCGCUUUUCUUGCGCGUGCCCUUCGCUACAGCCGAAGAGUUUGGAAACGUUGACGAACCAACCUUUAUCGAGAAAGCGAUCUCCUCGUUGCCGGAGAGGGAACACUUCGAAACCUUUGGCCGGGACGAAAAUCCCGUGGAGUUCGUGAUGAAGCAGAUGUCCUCCAUUUAUCCGGACAUUUAUCAGGACCCGGACGUUUUGAAGGUUGUGAGGACCAACCCUUUGUCAAUUCUUCCAGUCAAUGAUGGCUUUGAGAGAUAUGGAGGUGAUGCAUAUUUUGAUCAAUCUUGGAACCCGGUGAUGAUUGUUGACAGCGGUAUGGGCCCUUUGCGAGAUGACGGAACUCAGAAGACAGUCACAACGAAACCUGGAGAUUCGGGUUGGGAGAGGGCGAAGUUUCGAUUCCGUUCAUCCCUGUUUACUCUCGUCACGUUGGUGGAUCAUUUGUACGACAUCCAUUUGCAAAGAGCGAAUCUCUUCGUGACAGCUCUACGGGAACAGAUGUCUCGGGACCAUCCAAUUCGACGCUUCAUGGCACCCUUCACCUACAACACCAUUUUUGUGAACGACAAUGCCUUCCACAACUUGAUCAGAGAGGGUGGUCUUGGCCCUCGCUGUUUUGCUUUGACAGAACAAGGAUUUGCUUUGGCUUUUGCGGCAGCUCCAUCCUUGGUGAUCGGAGCUGGAGCCGGAGAGGGUGGGAAAACCAUUUUGUUUCGACCGGAGUAUGUGGAAUAUCUCAAGAAGAAGGGUAUAGACACGGUCUACUGGAGACAGUCACUUCAACUCUACGACAUCUUCUUGCGCUUCGUUGUGGGGUAUUUGGAGUGCUACUACCCAAAGAAAGAGGACCUUGCAAAUGACCCAGAGAUGAAGGCGGCUGCCAGGCAGUACUUCCAUCAGCUGGAGUAUGUCUCGCCAUCGAUGCUGGGUCGGUUCUACGCCAAGUGGUUAGCACAGAUCAUGCUGGAUGUAACUGCUGGACAUGAACAAGCCGGAGCAGUGGAGGUCUACGCACAAGACGCGUCCUGGUGCGCCUUUCGUUGGGGCAUAGGACAAAGCUGCGGUACCAAGCAAACAGCCACGGCAACUGCGCUGCUCAUGUCCUUUACUAACAAGAAGAUGCCCAAGCUUUUGGACGAUUGGACACAUCUAUUUCCACCUCCAAUCUCUGGGGAUCCGAAAGCAGUCUUUCAGAAGUUCCAGGAUGAGCUCGUGGCCAUGGCAAGUUCUUGUGAUGCUUACAAUGCUGCUUCGUCGACAAGGCCUUAUCCAGAGUGCUUCCCAAUGUAUGUGAACAACCCGAAACUUCUGGAAGUGAGUGUCAGCCUGUGA